AUAACAAUUUAAAACGCCGUAAAGCAGUCAAUUGAAAUAUAUGACAAUGCGAUAGCUAUAUUUUCACUUCCUUAUGCAAAUUGUGAUAUGGAAAAUCUAGAGCGUAUGAAAUUUGUGAUUUUGUUAUUUACCUGUAAUGAAUUACUAGUUAUUGGUACAGACUCACUUGAUUGUAAUUUCGAUGAUGGGCUUUGUAACUGGAGACAGGACACACAUGAUGACUUUAACUGGACUAUUUGGUCAGGAAAAACCCCAACUCCUGACACGGGACCAGACUCUGAUCACACAUCAGGAGAGGGAUUUUACGUCUAUAUUGACACGAGUAAAGAAGAAAGGAAUAAAAAUGCCAUACUUAUUAGCCCAAAGACGAGUCCUGGACAAUACUGCUUCUCGCUCUGGUACUACAUGUACGGUGAACAUGUAAGAGUACUCGUAUUAUUUACACAAGUAGGAGGAGAUAGAAACCGAGUAUCCAGGGUUUCUGGAGAACAGGGACAAAAAUGGAUUUUACAACAAACAUUCAUUGAUACUGACGAACCGUUCGAGAUAGUUAUUAUUGGAAGAGUAAAAAGAAGCGGAGAUCAUGACCUAGGUGAUAUAGCGAUUGACGAUAUAGUGAUGUUUUCCAGUAAUAGAUGUCUAGCAGAUUGUGGCGAUCCAGUCCCUGAAUUUGGUUUUGCUGACUCAAAAGAUAUCGCAAUAGGAUCAAACGUACAAAUAGCAUGUCAAACUGGUUAUAAGAUCACAGGAAAUCCAUCGAUUGUUUGCCAGGCAAAUGGUACAUGGAGUGACAGACCAGUUUGUCAUCAAGUAGACUGCGGGAUACCAACCUUUUACAGUGAAAUAAUUGUACAAAAGUUUGAAGGCACUACAUAUAACAUGUCGUUGGUAUUGGACUGUUCAGAAGGCUUUACAUUGAUUGGCAAUGCAUAUAUAACUUGUAAGGAUGACGGGAACUGGACAACGCAGCCAACUUGCGAUAUCAACAAUUGCAGCGACCCGAGUCCAGAAUACGGAAUUGUUAAUAGCACAAGCCUUCAGUACGGUUCGGUUGUCAAAGUAACAUGCAUUCCUGGUUACCAAAUCACUGGAAGAUCUCUUAUUCUUUGCCAAGCAAAUUCUUCAUGGACUGACAACCCAGUAUGUGACCCGAUAGACUGCGGAAUACCAACUUUUAACAGUGAAAUAAUUGUACAAAAGUUUGAAGGCACUACAUAUAACAUGUUGCUGGUAUUAGGCUGUUCAGAAGGCUUUACAUUGAUUGGCAAUGCAUAUAUAACUUGUAAGGAUGACGGGAACUGGAGAACUCAACCAACUUGCCAUAUCAACAAUUGCAGCGACCCGAGUCCAGAAUAUGGAAUAGUUAAUAGCACAAACAUUCAGUACGGUUCGGUUGUCAAAGUAACAUGCAUUCCUGGUUACAAAAUCACUGGAAGAUCUCUUAUUCUUUGCCAAGCAAAUUCUACAUGGACUGACAACCCAGUAUGUGACCCGAUAGACUCAGAAACCAGCGCCAUGGUUGCUGUUUAUGUUACGAUUCCACUCAUUGUAGUUGUUCUUGCUGUCCUGCUAACAGUAAAUAUUUUGAG